UAGUAUGGCUGACAAGAGAGAAGGGGAGAGAGAACUGUUUGUUGACGAUAAUGUCAAUUUAGUAUGAAAUCAAAUCAAAAACAAUGUAGAUAUUUGUUUGUUUGUUUAAAUGGAUAUAACUACUAGUAUUUCAACAAAGAUUCACAACAAGGUUGUCUGGAAAAUGACAUUAAAGGACAAGGUUAUUAAGAGUAAUUACCAUAUAAAAAUAUAAUGUGCACCGAAGAAACACGGAUGUGAGGUGUACAGGAUGGAAUUGUCAAAGCUGUUUGGAUUUUGUGUGUUGUCUUUUUCCAUCCUGACAUCAUCCCAAGCAGAGGAAUGUUUUCAUGAUGAAUACAAAGAAGAAACAGAAAGAAUUACAUCCCAAAAUUUUCCUGUUGGCUAUCCUCCUAACUGGUGUGCACAAUGGUACAUCACUGCUAGGAAAGGGGAGAUAAUUACCUUAAGCAUAUACUUAGACAUAGAGGUGGGAGACGAUUCAACAUGUAACAGAGACUCCUUAACCAUCGGACCAGAUCCACUACAACAGUACUGUGGAAAAAACAGAAAAUUAGUGUACAUUUCAAACAUGUCUCAUGUUUGGUUAAAGUUUAACAGUGAUAGUAUAAUGUCUGGAAAAGGAUUUCAAAUAAACUAUAUAAGAGGUCUCCCUCAAGCAAAAUUCUGUAAGCAAGAUCAGUUCCAUUGUAAGAAUGGAAAAUGUAUACUAGAUAACUGGGUGUGUAAUGGCCUGGAUGAAUGUGGUGACAGAAGUGAUGAAUAUGAUGAAUUAUGUCACUCAGCCACUGCAAUGCCUACAGCACCCCCCUCAAUUGAUUGUGGAGAAGAAUUUUUUCCAUGUUAUUCAAAUUUGAGUGAAGGUUUAAUUUGCCUACCAAAAGCUAAGAAGUGUGAUGGUGCUCCAGAUUGCUAUGGAGGGCUAGAUGAAAAGAACUGUAGUAUAAACUGUAAUAAACACAUUCACAGUGAGGUUGGAUAUAUCACAUCACCCCUGUACCCUAGAGACUACCCUCCUCACAUGGACUGUAAAUGGACGAUUCACAUGCAGAAUCCCACAGAUCGGAUUCAGUUGAGGCUUCUUGAUUUUGCUGUUCAACCUAACGACAAUACAGAUUACGUCACAGUGUAUGAUGGAAAGGACGAAGCAAAUGAUCAAGUUUUGGGCACAUUUUAUGGGGAUGUAGUUCCGCCUUCCAAAUUAGAAUCUACCUCAAACUGGAUGACUAUUGUUUUCCAUUCAGAUAACAGCUUUUCUGAGAAAGGCUUUAAUUUUUCUUAUCAAAAAAAGGGAUUUUGCCUUAAAAAUCAAAUUCGAUGUAGCAAUGGUGAAGAUGACUGCUUUGAUGCAAAUGAGAAGUGCAAUGGCAUUUGGGAUUGCAAGGAGAAGGGUGGAGAUGAACUUCAUUGUGGAAACUGUAAUGUGCUGUAUAGCUGUGGUUCCGGCAGUUCUCAGUGUUACCCAAAAAGUCAUCGCUGUAACGGAGUGGGAUUCUGUACCAACAAAAUGGAUGAAAAGAAUUGCUCUCCACAACAGUGUGGUUCACAUAAUGGAACAUUCUUGUGUCAGAACAAGAACUGUAUUUAUGAGGCUUGGAUCUGUGAUAAAACAGAUGAUUGUGGAGAUCAAAGUGAUGAAAUCAACUGUGGCAAGACGACCAAUUUAAUCAUCAUUGCAGCUGUCUCUGGAUCUCUUAUCUGUGGGUUGCUUUUGGUGGUUGCACUAGGUUGCACUUGUAAGUUGUAUAAUUUAAGACAGCAGCAACUUCAUGGUCCUCGACAUGAAACUCCUCUGUCUCGAGUGUAUGCAGAAUUCAUGAGGAGAAGGGCUCCUCCACCAUACCAUGAGGCCAUGUUGACCUCAUGACCUUAUGAGGAGGCUAGAAGAGAGUACAUGGAAAGGAUUAAUCAGUCAGAACAAGGGUCAAGGUCAUCUGAUCGAAGGUCAAGGCGUCAGAGGAGGAGAAAUGGACGCAGAGGUAAUCCUCCUAAUCUCAACACAGAAACAAGUACUAAUCCUACACAAAACAUAAAUGAAGAGAACAUAGGUGAAAGUGGUGCUAAUAUAUCUGACACAGUGAGUACUGUAGCUGGAGAACAAACAGUGAACAGUACACAUUCUAACAUCGGAAGGCAUUCCUCCAGAACUGCUCUCAUUACUAGUGACAGUUCUUCAGAUUCAGAAAGUGAACUGGGAUCACCCACUGCUGACUCAGUCAGAGUUCAUUUUUCAGAGGACACUGGGAUAUCAGCUCAAUUCCAUAGAAGGAGCUCUCCUGGAAAGGAGGUAGAAGAAGGUCAAAGUUCAUCAAGUAUUCCAAUAAACAGUCCCACUACUGGUCCUGACAUCAGUAGUCUAGAUAACACCACCAUAGCUUCCUGUGAUAGUGUCGAACCUCCUCAAGAGGAGGAUAAAAAUAAACCAAGGGACAUAAGCAGUGCUCUUACUCCCCUAGAAAACCCUCCAUCCAAUUCCACAUGUGCUUUAUUUAUUCCAGAAAAUGGUCAAAACCAGGGAAGUGUGGAUAGAGGCAGACAUAAUUCUGCAGGCUCAUUGGAUUCUACUGGAUCCGAAAAUCCCUGGGGGGAUUUCACUAAUUCUGAAUCUGUUUGAUGCAUAUCAAAUUUUCAAACCUUAGUUAGCGCUUGAUCUAUCAAAUUAUAAGUAAAAUGUUAUUAAAAUAUUACAUGCACCUAUAUUUUAUAACAUGGUUGUCUUUUUUUUUUUAUAUAGAUAUGCACUAUUAAUAUGUAUUAAAGAGUCUCAUUCUAAUAAAAUCAAUUUUUACAUUUUUAAUCAAUUGUUUUGUAAACUGUAAUUUUUCAGGUUUUAAGUGUGCAAGAAAUACAUGCAUUGGUAAGGUUGUUGCAAGUUAAUGCAGUUAGAACUAUUCACUUAUAUACAUGUAUGAUGUUAAUUUAAGAUUGAUUGAUCAUAAUACAUGUAUGUAAAUUUUGAAAAAUUUUUGAAAUUUGGUGAUAAAAAUUUUGUUUUCUUUCUGAUUUUAGAGUUAAAAUUGAUUAGAUAUUGCAAAAAGUCUGUAUCAGUUAUUUAUUACAAUCAAUAACAUUGUAAUACGAUUUAUAAUAAUAUAUGAUGCAUAAUUUUUACGCAUUUCUUGUUACUGUGAGGUUAUUGACUGGCAUUUUACAUGUUGUUUUAUAUAAUAGAUAUGUAUCUAACAGCUUUCAAUUGUAGGCAUUUCAUGAAGUGAAAAAGUUGGGAAGAAAUGCAUAUCAGUUAUAAACAGAGUUAAAAAUUGCAUACAUGCCUGUGAAACCAUUAAUUACUAAUUUUACAGGUUUCAGUAUUUGUAAAUAAAUUUAUUCAUUCCAAAAUUUUGGAAUGAAAUUGUUAUUCCUAUGGAAGUUUUUUUUUUUCAAAAGAUUUUAUGCUUGAAUUGCAGUGUGAGAAAUUGAAAGCAGGUGAUAUGUAAACAUGUAUGUGGUCUUUUAGUAUUAUCUUAUUUUUAAAAAGGUAACAGUUCAGAUUUUGUGUGCAAGGCUACCUUCCUAUAUCUUUCAGCGUUGUAUAAAUGGUAAAAAUAAAUAUUUUUGAUAACACGACAAACCAAUGCAUAAAUAUGAUUGACUGAUUGUUUUUGUUUAAGACGGAUCCAGCAAUAUUUCAGACAUAUUUUGGCAGACCUAAAUUUGAAAACACAGUGGCAAAGAUUAGAGUUAAAGGAAAUUUUGAGUAUCUGGUCUUGCAUGUCAAGGACAGCUUCGUUUGUGUUUAUUAUAAAUUUAAAUUUAAUAGCCAAAACUUAAAAUGCCUAACAUUUUGUAACUUUAUUCCUAAACUAAACUAUUGUGAGGUCAGCAAUCACUCAUGUAUAUACAUGUACAUGUUUUUGCUAACAAAAAUUUUAUUAAUUAUUAUCAUGUGUUAACUUUGAUACAUUCAUGUAAUAAAUUGCCUUUUUAUUGCAAAAGUAAUCCAAGUUGCUUGCUAAUCAUAUUAUUAUAAAAGCUAAACAUGGAGUAACUAUAAUGUUUCUACUAAAAAUGUAAAACUAAAAAAAAUGUUUUGAGCCUUUACAUCAAGUAAAACUGAAAAAUGCUAUAAAUGCAUGUAUAUGAAUAUGCAUCUGUUGCCAGUUAAGAUAUAAAUAUAUUCAUAUGCAAUUUUUAAAAAAUAUACUAUGUAGCAUGAGAACUGCUUGUUUCGAAUUCUCUUUUAUCAACUUUGUGUAUGAUUUUCACAAGUUUCUAUAUCUUCCAAGUAAUUUAGGUAUGAUACUGCAAUCAUAAAAUUAAGUUCUUUAGUGAAACCUUUGUUGCUUUUUUUACCCACAAUGAAAUUGUAAGUACAUGUACCACUAAAUAUUCGGAGGAUAGUAUUCAUUAAUAACAGAUCUGAAGUAAAAAUAUAAAUUAUGAUUAAAGCUGCUGCAAUUUAUAUACUUUGAAAAUAUGUGUACCUUAUUUUGAUGUGUUGAUGUGAGAGCGUGUUUCAUAUGUUGUUUGUUUAUUUUCAUAAGAUUCUAGAAUUAUGAUUAAUAAUGGACUUAUUUGAUUCCAAAUUAAUAAUAUACUAGAAUUUAAAAGUUGUUGUCCGGUACAUUUUAGAUGUAUUGCUUUGCUUUGAUAUCAGCUGCAGAAAUAUAUAUAUUACUAUUUUGUUUACAUUUAAAGCAUUUUACACAGAUUUACUCCAGAUAUUUUUUUUAAAACUGAACACGACUCUUAAAAGCAGGAGAGUUAUCUUGUCCACCAUAUUAGUUUUCUCAAGACUGUUGUUUUCCAACCACUAUACAUGUAUAAGCCUCAGCUUUGUUCAGGGUUCAAUAUAUUUUGCUUCACAGAUUCUACCUGAGCAAACGUCUCCAUCAUCAUCAUUGUGAUAUACUUGGGUGCAACAAUAGAUAUCAUCUGCACAGGUCAAUGCAGUGCAACGUGAAGUAGACACAAAUGCACCUUCAAUGAAAAAAAAGCUACACAAAUAGGACAAUGUGAGAUAUACACUUACUACACACCGCAGCGACCAACUUAAAGCAGUCAGAUGUAAUGAAUGCAAAGGGUUUAUAUUCCCCAGUGCUGAUAUAGGAGAUAGGAAAUCUAAUAUGGCAUAUGCUUAUUUACGAGUUGAGUUCAACUUUAACUUCAGUUUUGCUUCAAAUUUUUUUUUGAGUGAUGAAUAAGAAACUUAUAUAGUAUGUUUUGUUUUACUACAUGGUGCAUUGCAUUUGUGCAAUGUCAGGUCAUGUUUUGCUUAAAAACUUUUCUGUGUCUGCAUAAAAGGGGGGGGGGGGGGACUGUUAAACCUUUUUCCAGUUUGACCAGUUACAGAGUUUGCCAGAGUUAACAUGUUACCCAUAGCUGAAAUGUGAAUCUAUAUAAAAAAAAGGAUUAUUGUUGCUAAAAAAAGCAGUUCUUGCUGAAAUAAGAAUGGAAAUGACUCAGAAAAUAAAUACCCGGUACCUUUUAAAAAUAUUGCAGUGCCAUUGCAUCCAAAGUGGAAAAAAAUUAAGUCAGUUCAAUUAUGAGUUCAUUAUAAGUUAAUGUAUAACUUUAUAUAUAAAUUCCUUUUCAUAUGAGAACCUUCAAAAUGAUAUUUUAAAAAAAUAUUUUUAAAAAAUAUGCUUUAUGCAUUUCUUUGAAAUAAGGAAAACUUGUUUGAAGUAAAGAUUUUUUUUUAUCUGGAUGCAAGACUUAUGUUAUUUUAAUUUUUUCCAAGCAGACUUGAAAUUGGUAAUUUAAAUUUAUCACUCUUUAUGAUUUUCCUUGAGAAUGUCUACAUUUUGCAUAUAUCUCUAUCAAGUUUUGUUUUAUUGUCAUUGUUAGCUCUUCUAUCUUGUUUACAUCUGUUUCAGAUAAAGAGGAACCAAUGUAAACAUACUUAUUUUGAGUGUUGAUAUGAAUAAAUUAGAAUGUUAAAACAACUUA